AUGUCGGUCGCAAGCAAGAACCUGUUCGAGCUCCUCGGCAACGAUGCCGAGGAUGAUACUCCUCAGGCGCCCGUGAAGACGGUUGAGAAGAACUCUCUGCGCUCAACCAAGCGCGGCGUCGAGCCCGAGGCCCCUUCCCGUGCCCCUGCUGCCGGUGGUGCCCGUCGCAACAACGCCUCUGGCAACGAGGCUGCCUUCCGUGACCGCGGUGCUGGCAGCGACCGCAACCGUGGCAAGACCACCGACGAGCCUGCUAGAGGCGGCCCUCGUGGCGGCUACGGUGCCCGCGCCCGUGGAGGCCGUGGUGGACGUUUCCCCCGAGAGCGUGAUGACCGCCAGUCUAAGGGUCUCGCCAGCGGCUCCGAGAAGCAGGCUGCCCAGUCUUGGGGCGCCACCGAGGGUGAGGCUGAGCGCAAGGACGAGGUUGCCGGCGAGGCCAUUGCCCAGGCUGAGGCUAAGGAUGCUGAGGCCGAGGCCGCCGCUCCCCUUGAGCCCGAAGAGCCCGAGGAGAAGCAGGUCUCCUACACCGAGUACCUCGCCCAGCUUGCCGAGAAGAAGCUCGCCAUCGAGGGCAACACCAAGGUCCGCGAGGCCAACGAGGGCACCAAGCUCAAGAAGGAGUGGGCUUCUGCCAAGGAGGUCUCCCGCGAUGACGAUGAGAACUUCAUGAUCGGCACCGGAGGCAAGACCAAGCGCGAGCGUGAGCGCAAGACCAAGCAGCUCCUGGAUAUCGACCAGCGUUACGUCGAGCCCGAGCGCUCUUCCCGCGGCGGUGCCGGUGGCCCCCGUGGUGGCCGUGGUGGUCCUCGCGGCGGUGCCCGUGGUGGUGACCGUGGUGACCGUGGCGGUCGCGGACGCGGCGACGGUGCCCGCGGUGCCCCCCGUGGUGGUGCCCCCCGCGGCGGCCGUCCCCAGGGCGCGCAGAUCAACACUAAGGACGAGUCUGCGUUCCCCAGCCUCGGCGGCAAAUAA